UGUGUUUUUGAGCUUUAAAUCUUUUGUGAAUCUUGUUGGGGUUUGAGACCUUGAAUCUCAGUUUCUUGGGUUUUGGGUUCUUGGAGAAAAACCCACUUUUCUGUUCAUGCAAACAAAUUAACCCACUUCCUUUUCUUUUUGUUUGGCUCUUGUUUUUUGUUCAUUUCUUUUGUGGUCUGUGAAAGUUGGAGGAUAAUGCACGAGUCCUGUUAGCUUAUUUUCAUCUUGCUCUUUUUGUUAAAGAAGGAACAAAGUUUUUACCACUAUUGUCUUCUGGCUCUUUUUCCUUUACAACACCUUUUUAUGGAGAAAGAGAGGAACCAAUGAUUUCUUGUGAACUUUGCAUUUCAACAACUUGCUUUGGUGGUGACUGGGGAAAGCCUACAUGCAGGGUCAUACUAACCCACAUGAUUUUUUGAAAAGGGUGAAAGAUUUUUCACUUCUCUGAUCAGUGGAGAUUGGGAAAAUCCUACGCAUCUGCCCGAAUUUCUCAACUCUCUUGUGUUUUCUUUUGACAAGGUUGUUGGAGAAAACAUCUUGUUCUCAGUGGUUUGUCCCUUGAUAGGUGCUGGCUGUUCUGCUCUGCAUUGAAUGCAAGGUCCGUGAUGUUCAUGGUUGAUCAUUUCCUGAUCAAUUUUAUGUGUCAAUACCAAGAAAAUUAGAGGGAUCUCCAUUCUCCCCUGAUUCUUGGCAAAGAAACUCCCUAGAGUGUUAGACUCAAGCAGCUUUUUCUGAAACUAAUAUCCGGUUUCAUAGACAGUUGAUGUCUAAGGAACUUGGAUGAUUUAGGAGCUCUUCAUGCCAGAUGUCAUGUGACUUCCUGUGCCUUCAAGUAUGAUGGAGAACGAUAUGCUUAGCCUUCCAGUAACCAUUGCAAGCCGAAAUCCAGUUGUUAUUGAUGGAAUAUCGUCACAGAUGAUGCCAUACUCAGCAACUGCAUCCAACCCAAGUGAUCUUAACAACCAAGACAAUAUGUUGUCUGCAUUUCCAGUUCUUUCAACAUUGCGAGGAGAUCCUGCUGUUGAUCUCCACGGCAACGUCCACAUAAUUAAUCAGACGAGGCUUAUUGAUUCUAAUUCAUCGGUGACAUGCCUUGGGAGUAGCCUUGAGGGAGAUACUUCACUUGGCAGUUCACGAUUGACAGAUAAUCUUCGGUUCCAAGAGCAAUUCAUGGGUCAAAUCCCUGUCUCCUCUUCUUCCCUUGCUUCCUUUUCAGCAGCAAGGAGUGGUCUGCAAGAAAACCUAAACAAUUUAGCAAUUUCUGAACCUACAGUUUACCCUUCAGAUUUUAGGACUUCAAAUGGCUGCUCCAAUGUAAUAAAUUCUCCACUACUGACCUCUCUGAACUGCGGAUUUGCUGAGGCAUCUGGGAAUAUGAAUGGAAAGUGGGGUUUUGAGAAGUCCUCUGUUCCUUCAGAGCUUGGUGGGAAGACCCUUCUGAGAACAACAUUUCAACCAUAUCCUUCCAUGGGUUGUAUAGGUCCAAAUGGAUGGAUGUCAUCAAAUGGAGAAAAUGUAAACAUCAAUUAUCCUUAUGGCUCUUCCAAAACUAGUAGUGAGCUCUCACUAAGUCUUACUACAUCUGAGCCUGCUGUCGUUAGUAGGACAAAUAUCCCUGAUCAAUCCUCCGAGAUAAGCUGUUCUGAUGCAACCCGCCAUUGCUUGAAUGCAACAAGAUUGGCUUUGAAGCAGACUUCCUGCAACACAAAGGAGCCUUCUGUGAGUUAUGGUUCUUAUAGACAAGAGCAAGUCUCCCAUCUGAUAUCCGGAUCAAGAUAUCUUCAAGCCAUUCAGGAAAUACUUGCUCAAAUUGCAAGCUAUUCUCUUGGAAAUCUAGACCAGAUGAGUUAUUCAACUGGGGUCAGGGCAAACAGGCCAUCCUCAUCAGGUCAUCCGGCUGGGAGAUGGAUGUCAAUUGCAGAUUCUGAUGAACUUCCUGACCUGGACAGCAACUUGCAGAUCCAAAUGGAGCCAGCAUAUGAAAAACGGGCAGCUGAAGCAAAGAAAACGCAACUGCUAACUUUACUUCAAGCAGUUGAUGACAGAUACAGCCAGUGCUUAGACGAAAUCCAUACAGUUGUAUCUGCUUUCCAUGCUGCAACUGAAUUGGAUCCUCAGGUCCAUGCUCGUUUUGCGCUACAGACAAUCUCUUUCUUAUAUAAGAACCUAAGGGAGAGGAUCAGCAACCAAAUUCUAGCUAUGGGAGCUAAUUUUGACAGUGGAUGCACAAGGGGAAAGGAAAGCUCUUUCCAAAACUCAUUCAUCCAGGACCAAUGGGCUCUACAGCAGAUAAAGAAGAAGGAGCAUCAAUUAUGGAGACCCCAGAGAGGGUUGCCUGAAAAAUCAGUCUCAGUUCUACGCACGUGGAUGUUCCAGAACUUCCUUCAUCCGUACCCUAAAGAUGCAGAGAAACAUUUACUUGCAGUAAAAAGUGGAUUGACAAGAAGCCAGGUCUCCAAUUGGUUCAUAAAUGCCCGUGUUCGUCUGUGGAAACCAAUGAUAGAGGAAAUGUACUCAGAGAUGAACAGAAGGCAGGCCCGGGAAAAUGGGGAGGGAACAGACAACUGGAGAAACCAGAUGAGCAUCAACAGUCAAAGAUAUAAUGUCAAUUGAAUCUGAGAAAUGAAGAAAAACACGUCCAUGUCAGGGUUGCAACUGUAUAUAAUGCUCCUUAUAGUUGGAAAUUUAAGGCUGCAAAUGUAUUAGUAAUUGUCUUCUAUUGAGCAUCAAAUGAAUCCCUCAUUAACACAUUAUUAUUAAUUAAGAUUUCAAGUAAAUUUGCAAUGAAUUAUUUUUCUAUGG